CCCCUUCAAAGUUCUCAAAAGGAAAAAAAACACAAAAAAGAAGCCGCCACUCACUAGUCACUCUGCUGCUGCUGCUGCUCCGGUGUAUAACGCCCAGAUUGUUUUUCCGGUUGUAAAACGUUUUAAAAAAAAUUUAAUAUUUUUUUAAAUUUAAUGUAUUGAUUUUAAAAAAUAAAUAAAUAAUUAUUUUAAUAUAUUUUUAAAUAAAAAUUACUUUGACAGUUACCAAACGAUCAAACAGCUAAAAGACCACCAAGAUAAGCGGCGGCACCGGCGGUUUCAGCUUCUACAUUCGGCGCCAAUUCCAAAAAGAUGUAUAUUUGUGCUCCUCCUCCUCAUCGCUUUAUCUCUCUAAAAUUCCCUGAACUUCAUAGCUCCUCAAAGCUUAAUGAUUUGCAGGUUUUGAGGUCGUUUGGUUUGAGUAAGAGAAACUUUAAAUUAUUUUCAGUGACUGUCUCAUCGUUAUCAAGUAUGAGUGAGGCCUCUAAUUAUAUACCUGCUGCUCCUAUUUUUCUACCUGAAGGACCAUGGCAACAAAUUCCUGGGGAAGUUACUGCUGCGAAGGGGUUCAAAGCGGCAGGGAUGUAUGGUGGAUUGCGUGCCAAAGGGGAGAAACCUGAACUUGCACUUGUUAGUUGUGAUGUUGAUGCUACAGUUGCAGGGGCGUUCACUACCGACAUGGUUGCUGCUGCACCAGUAUUAUACUAUAAAAAUGCAUUAGAUAUUUCAAAAACGGUAAUCCAGAGUAUUAUUUUUGCAUUGCUUGUAUUCGGUCACCUGUAAUUCAAAUGAAGGAUGAUCUUGCAGUGACUGAGGUCAUGUAAGUGAAUUAUGUCACAUGAAGCUUUUCUGAAAUGUUGGCAAGUGCUAUUUUUUGCCCUUCAAAAAAAAAAAAAAAAAAAACAUUCAGCCACAAUCAACUGUUGCUUCUUUCCUUUUUUUGAAAUAAUGACCUUCAUGCCCAGUAGACAUGAUUUGAAUAUUAAUUCUUUCUCCACCAUCAGUACCAGAGCUUAUUAGGGUUGAACAUCUCAACUUCACCAAGUUCAUGUUCUAACUGGAUUCUUAUUCACUUCUCAUUUGUGCCUUUUAUCCUCGAUUACUUAAAUUGAAACCAGAAGAAGUAUUGAUUGAAUCCACUGGUGUCAUAGGUCAAAGAAUAAACAAGGUAUGGAUGAUUGAUUCCACUGUCAAUAAGUCGUUGCUUUCUCAGCUUGCUGUGAUGCUCCAGUUUAUGUGCUAUGAACCAUGCAGCUUCAAAGAUGAAUGAGUUUAACUGAAUGAGUUUAUACUUGAUCGAAGACUGAUAAUGUUGUCGUUUUUGGAUUUGUUUUUGUGGUUUAUCAAAAUGCAAUUUCUUCACCGAAUCAGCAAUCUCUGCGACCACCUCAGCAUGUCAUGUGAACGUACUUCACAGGAAAAAGGCAAGGAACCAGGCAUCUGAUCGGAUAUUAAUUAUCCUCCUUGCAUAUGAUGCUUAAUUUGCCGUCUUGGGUGGAAAUUAUUUCCUCCGAGUCUCAAGAAUAUAAUUAGUACGAUAUCAUCAAACCGACCAGAAUCUUUGCCAUCCUCGUCCUCUUUUCUUCUAUGAAAAAAUUUCUUAGGUGAUCAGUCAUCAAUGGAUUUUGAGAUUCUUCCAGUCCACCAUCUUCUCCAGUAACAGUGUUCAACCGAAACAGGUAACUCAGAGAAUCGGCCGAUAUCUUUCUAGCAAGUAUAAAUGAAGAAUAUUGAUGAUGGUCGGUGAGAGUCGUGUCUCCCUGUGGAGGAAGCAGCUCGUAUCGGUUAUUAGUCGAAGAAUAUUAAAUCUAUCGAUAAAGCAUUUAGAAAGGUACUCUAAUUCUAAAGCACACUUGUGGUAUAUUGACAAAUUAAUGCAUCUACCUCAAUUCCUAGUCGUGGAA